AGCCACUUCUACAGAGAUAUGGAAAAAGAAUAAAAAAUAGAACAAAUGAACUAUAGACUAUCGUAUAUAACCAGCUGCCGUCGAAAAUUAGCUUCACUCAGCGAAAUCUGUUGAAAUGUGGCACAAACCAAACCUGGGAAUAUUGCUCCUCUAUUUGAUGGCCAGCGAAGGAAACGCGCUGCCCACCGAUGUAGCCAGAUACAAUAAAUUGGGCCAAAGCCCAACAGCAGCAACUGAGUGCAAGAACAGCAGUGUGGUUUCAACGACUAACAGUCUGGAUACUGAGAGAAACACAUCGCCACCGGACUUUGAGUACGCUCUGCUCGGUCAGGAUCCCAAGGAUCAGCAUUGGUAUCGGGUCAGUCUUACGCCCACAAAGAACCAGACUGGCUAUCGAGCCCAGUUCGCCACACGGAAGCAGCCGCCCUUCGAUGAUCAAAUGGCUCACAGGCACGACAAGACCAUUGGCGAGCUGCUCGAUUGGCUGGACCAUUCCGAGGAACGUAAUCUGCUGCAAGUGUAUCGCGACCUAUUGGAGGACGAGCAGAGGAAAUUAGAGGCAAAUCAAAGGCUGGAUAAUAAAAUCGAAAGGGCCACCAAGAAGUACUUCCAAAAGAGCAACAAUCAGUUGGUAGGAGAGGAGGCGACAACCCCAGCACCAGCAUCAAGCCCAAAUGGUAUAGAACCAAAGGAUGUGCAGGACUUUGUAUACUUUAUAAAGGGACUGAAAUGAAGUGCGUAAAGAUGUUCCUUGAACAAAAAAACAGUCGCUAAAAGGCCGUUCAAUUUGUAAUAUUUGAAUGAAAUUCCCAAACCUAUUACCACCCUC